AAAUUAGAUGCUGUGUUAAAACUUUAAUUUUUUUGAGGAUUGAAAUGAAAUUAAGCAAUCAGAUAUCGACUUUCUUUUUAAUUGUUGCCAUUCAGUUGAAUAGAGGAUUAUGUAAACGCAUAACGAAACGUCAGUUAUAUCGUGAGCAAGUUCAGCCACAUUCUGGCGGAAAAAUUCCCGAAUCAGCAUUUGAAACAGAUCGUUUGAUACUUAAUCGACUUCAAAAAGAAGGAAUUGCUAUACCAGAUGGUAUAAUUUUGGAACAAAGGAAUCCAAAGGUUUAUCCAUAUUCAAACAAUGACUUGCGUCCAGUAUUUAAGGUGAUUUCUGAUAAUCUAUUCAUGGAUAAUGCUGGUGUAUUGAAUCCUUUGCCAGUUAGUGAAACAACGUAUCCAAUACCACGCACCACCGAAGAAAGGUCAAUGAAUACACCAAUCCAAACGAUUCCAAUUCAAACAACAGUUUAUCAGCCAAUUUAUCGAAAACUUACACUUCCAAACGCCAACAUACAAAAUCCAUUGCUCAGCUUGCAGAAAGAUUUUCGUACGCCUAUCACAGAUAUUCAUCAUAUUAUCAAAACACCUGCAUCUGUCAAUCAAAAAAAAUUACACACUCAUUCCACAAUCAAAUAUUACCAUCAUGACUAUGUUACAUCACAGUUUCACGUUGAGCUUCGUCGUAAUCGGAACGCUUUUUUCUUUACUUCUUUACAAAUUUCUAUAAAAAAAAGAAAAAUUGGAACUGUAAAUAUGUAUUUAUUGAAAACAGAGAGUAAAUGGAUAUUUUCUAUUUUAUUAUUUGUAUCUUUUGGUAUUAUUCAGAGCGUUCGCGUUGAUACCUAUGGAUCAUUGUACAACGCUGUAGAGCCUGCUAAGUACCUAGAGCGUCAUAAGGAACCGGAGCAGGAUUUGCAUAAAAUUCCAGGUAUUCCAGGACAUGACUAUCCAAUUUAUCAUGAAGUUCCACCAACAAGUUUCCAUUGCGGAAAUGUCCCUGCUAUACCUGGAAUGUAUGCUAAUGUGGAGACAGGUUGUCAGAGCUAUCAUGUUUGCCACGAAGGGCAUCCCGAGUCUUCAUUUCUAUGUACAAAUGGAACAAUUUUCAAUCAAAAAGAAUUUACAUGCGACUGGUGGUAUAAUGUGGAUUGCAAUCAAGCUCCUUCUUUCUAUAAUUUGAAUGCCGAUCCAGAGCACAAUCCAUAUUUUCCGAAGAAGAAAGUAGAUCCUUUACAGGAAGAGGGAAAAUUCUAUGUGAAUCCAUGAAUUUCACUGUAUUUAUUUUGAUUGAUGUGCAUGAGUUUUUCGAAUAAUUUCUAAAAAUAACGCAUUAGUACUUUGGAACAGAAUUUUGUUCUAAACUGAUGGUAGCGCCAAUAAGCUGUCAUUUUUGGAUUUUGACAUUUUUCAUUGUAAAAAUAAACAUGAAAUAAAUUUGGCAUCAGAAAAUUUUGUAAACAAGAAAA